AUGGCGGGAGCAGGGCUCCUCUUGCUGCUGGUCCUUUCUUAUCCUCGCAAUCUAGGUGCUGCUCACCACAGCCUUUUCCUUGGCUGCUGUGGCAACUUGGAGUUCAGGCUGGAGUCAGGAAAGCUGGGACACCUGGGAUUUGUCCCAUUAAUUCCCUACCUACCAGAAGAGACUGAGCUGAUGCAUUUGAGCAUGUGGGAGAAUGUCCCACUGCAAAACACUGUUGUUUCUGUCUUCUAUGUGUCCCUCAAACUGCGACAUUUCCAUUUCUGCAGUGGCAGUCUGGUUCGAGAAGACAUGGUUAUUACUGCUGCUCACUGCGUGGUCAACCUGGAGCAGAAACUCCUGAAGAGCCUGGUGGUGACAGCGGGAGAGCAUCAGCUCCAGUGGGCAAACAGGCAGGAGCAGAGCAUCCCUGUCUCCUGUGUCAUCAUCCACCUCAUGUUCAACCAGCUGCGCUAUGUGGAUUGCGACUUGGCCCUGCUGCACCUGCAGGAUGCCCAGUAUGGGGACAACGUUUAGCCAACCUGCCUUCCCCACAGUGAUGAAGACUUCCAGGCUGGAGCGCUGUGUGUGUCUAGUGGCUGGGGAAAGGUGUCUGAGGAUGAUUCAAAUGUCCUGCAGGAGGUGGAGCUGCCCCUCAUUGACAGCCAGACCUGCAGCGUGCUGCUGAGAGGCUUGAACCGGGAUGUGUGCGAGUCUGGCCUUAUCAAUGUCAGCUCACGCAAAGAAGAUUUUGGCUCCUGCAGGAGGCAGGGGAAUGAGAUGGACUGGGCCAGCGGUAAAUCCUCUGGAGACAUCUUCCUAGCCCCUCUGCUGACAGAGUUGGACCAGGUCACUGUUACAUUUGUUUCUGAUGGGAGCAACGCUGGCCAUGGCUUUGAGCUCGCCUUCAUGGCUGUCCGUAAGGACUCUGAACCAAGUUUGGGCUGUGGGAGUGCCGCAAUGUUAGUGGAAGAGGGGAAGACUGAUACUACUAAUUACCCUGGUUUGUAUCCCAGGAACACGAAGUGCCACUGGCUCAUUGAGGCUUCAGCAGAGUAUGUCAUAAAGCUGGAGCUUGAUGACUUUGCUGUGGAUCUUGGCCUGGGCUGUAUUUAUGAUGCAUUUUCUGUUUAUAGUGAUGAAGAAGAAGAAGAAAACUAUGCUAGGUCCAUGCUGAUAUAUUUUGAAAGUGAUGGGGAGAACAGCUUCAGAGGGUUCAGAGCCCAGCUCACUUUUGUUCAUUCAGCUAAUCCUGCUGCAUUCUGUCAAGACACCUGUGGCCUUCCCCCACUUACUUCCCAGUGUCUCUUCAAGCGUGUCAGUGGGGCUGAGGAGGCCUGUCCUUACUGUUGGCCAUGGCACACUGCCCUGAAGCUCCUUGGAGACUACCGGUACAGUGGGGUUGUCAUCAGCUCUACGUGGCUGCUGACAGCUGCCCACUGUGUGCAGCUAUCAAAUAAACCCUUCCACUGGACUAUGACAGUAGUAGACCAUGAUAGAGCCCUGAGAGAGUCAGCAGAACAGGUGAGACAGGUGAAAAGCAUUGCAGUGCAUCCCCACUUUGACAUGCCGAGCUGUGACUCCAACAUUGCCCUGAUGUAGCUAGACAUCCCUCUGGAGUACAAUGCUGCCUUGAGACCAGUGUUUCUGACCAACAGCAGAGACAUUAUCAUCCUCUUCCCUCUGCACUGCAUCUGGAUGGGGGCUCUUCUAAUUUUGCAUACACAAGUGCCUGUACUCGCGAAUGAAGUCCGCGAGAGAAAUUACUUCUUCGGUCACCCUGGAGGGAUCACGGUCAGGAUGGCUUCUGCUGGCUUUGUUUCUGUGGGAGGCCAGGACUCCCGUCAG